UCCAGUUACUGAAGGAGAUCUUUGAACGACUGAAGAUUGACUUGUGCCUGACAGAGAUUUGUUUUUCCGUUCCAACAUGUCGACAGGUCCUAUUUAAAAAGAACAGUAAUAUUAAAUACGAUUUUUAUUAGAAAGAUGUCCAUGGCCUAGACUAGGAGCUAGUCCAAGUCUAGUAAUGAUUUUUUGUAAUCAUCCAUGUGCCGGACAUAUUCUGAUAUGAUAACCUUUGCAAAGUGAAAGCUUUGUUGUAGGCUAAUUACCAUGAUUUUUAUACCCAUAUUCCUUAUGACAGGUGUCCGAAACAAUGAAAUGAUUAUUACUACAAAAGUAUCUACACAAAGCUAGUAAAACAGAAAUGAUAUGCCCCACCACCUAGGUAUGGGCAGUAUUUCUGAUCAUUUAUACAUCAUUUAUAUGUAUCAUGCUCAGUAUUAUUGUAUUUAAAAAAAAUACAUGAUACUGUAGUUUAUUUUGAUACAUGUCUUGGUUGCUGUAUUUUGUAUUUUAUUUUGAUAGGCUACUUUUACAACUUUAGUAUUUUGUAUCUUGUAUCAAAAUAAAUUUUGAUGUAUGCCUAUUAGAUUUUCGCCCAUCCCUGCCACUGCCCACUAUCACACACAUUAAUACAUAGUGUUGUAAAUAUAGGUUACUUACCAAGCAUACUGAUCUCCACUGUUUGCCCUUUUCUUCAGUUUCAUGCCAUGAUGACAUAUUCUGCAUUUCACUUUAGUUUUUAGGAGUUUCUUCUUUUGAAGCCACUUUAUAAGCUUCAGUGUGUUUCUUUUCGGGUCAUCAUUAAUAAGCUUUUUUAGCUUUGUGAACCUAGUCAUUUUUUGCAAAAGAUUUGCUUUUAAAUGGUAGUGGUUUGCAAUCCAAUAGUCUGCUCUGCAAUUUGCCGCUCUGCAAAGUUCCCUCAGUGGGCCCGCGUUCAUACGUCAUCAACGUGCGAUCAAGAAAACGACCGCCAAAGUUAGACAGCCGAAGCAUGGACAACGUCGAAAAAAAUAAAAAAGGGAUGCGGACCCGGGGCAAAAAGAAAACCGAGGGCAUGAACACAUUGGAGGAGAUACCUGUCAUUAGUGGUUCUGCCAUGGCACCUACCGCACAGCUGGGACUUAAGCAAAAAUCCAAUGAGUUGGAGAUGUUUAAGCUGAGGGUAGAGUGGCAAAAGGAGAAGAUUGCUGAGCUGACUAAGGAGAGAGACUAUCUCAAAGACCAGUUGGCAUCAGCUCUCAAAAAGGAUGACAAAGGUUCCAUCAAGGAAAUGAACUUGUCUUCAGAUUCUUCUGGUGACAGCCCAGUGGAAUCUUCCUCUGAUAUGUCUGAUUCCUCCUCGUCCUCAUCAGAGGAGGACAAGAUAAAAAAGAGAAAGAAGAAGGGAAAAGGGAAAAAAUAUAGGAAGAAGUCAAAGAAAAUCAAACCAAAGACACAGCAGAGAGCCCAAACUCCAGACCAGGUGGUGGACCGGUACAAAAGAAUUCUUAGAAAGUUCAGUAAAGGAGGGACCACGUCUGCUGCUUUCAAGCAUGUUGGAGUGGACAGGAACACGGUGGUGGUCAAUGCUCCAAUCGCAGAGCUGUUCAUUGCUGCGCCUGGCAAGUACAAGGAAAUCCUUAAAAACCACAAUAAUGUGAAGAAACUCAGCGUGUUUGCCACACAGUGUGCCACUGCUAUUCAGGAGGACCAAGGAAUAGAGGACACAAUCACAGCCUAUAAGGCUUCUGGAAAGCUUCUGCCCCUAAAAAAAAAGUGA